UGACGGGCCGUGAUUCCAUUUGGGGUUUUUUUUUAAUGGGGUUGGGAGCCCGGGAGGGAGGAUGAGGCGGCGCGGGGGCCGGGCCAGGCCCUGGGAUCGCCGCUGACCGCAGCCGCCGGGCGCCCCUCACAGCCCCGAAGGGAAAGUCUUCUGAGCGGCACGGGGAGCUUUGCGCGCUCCUCAAUGGGAUGAUCAUGAUGUGUGCGUAGCUAACAUUAAUGCUAUUGUUUGUCCAACCAAGACUUGGAGUCAGCUGGGAGGAGACUAAUCCACCGAGUAGAGGAGCGGGGUGAAGUUAAGAGCCGUGGCGUGUGGGGAAUUACCCGGGGAUGUCUGUGAACUCUCGGCUCGGCCGACGGAUCAAUCAUCUCUCGUUUUCCUGCUCCCCUUCCCGUCUGCGACUGCCAUGCUAAAUCAUGCAAGAGCUACGAGGACACGAUAGGAGUGAUUAUUUCAUGUGAAAGGGGGGAAAAAAAAACACAGACCGAAGGGAAGCGUUUCUGUUUUUGUUUUGAGAUUCAAGUGUGGUCGCCGUCGUUUGGAGCCGAGGCCGAUGCUGGGUGUUGUGUCCAAAAGCCAUGCAGCAGCCUUAUGAUUUCUUCAGUGAGGAGAACAGUCCGAAAUGGCGGGGUCUGUUUGUCCCAGCGUUAGGCAAGGUCCAGAGGCAAGUACAUCCAACCCUCUCAGCGAAGGAAGAUGCCCUUUAUUACAUAGAAGAAUUAAUACUUCAGUUAUUAAAUAUGCUGUGCGUUGCACAACCACGUACUGUUCAAGAUGUUGGGGAGCGUGUUCAGAAGACUUUCCCACAUCCAAUUGACAAAUGGGCUAUUGCUGAUGCACAGUCUGCGAUUGAGAAACGUAGACGGAGAAAUCCUCUUCUUUUACCAGUGGACAAAAUACAUCCUUUAUUAAAGGAUGUGCUGGGUUAUAAGGCGGAUUAUCAGAUUUCCCUUUAUAUAGUGGCUGUGCUGGAGUACAUUUCAGCUGACAUUCUAAAACUUGCUGGAAACUAUGUUGGGAAUAUUCGACAUUAUGAAAUUUCACAGCAGGACAUUAAAGUGUCAAUGUGUGCAGAUAAGGUCCUUAUGGACAUGUUUGACCAAGAUGAUAUUGGUCUAUCUUCAUUGGGAGAUGAUGGAUCAAAUGUGACCGAUGAACAGAAUUACUAUGACUUGGUGAAAGCUGAAAUUGCAGAGGAAAGGCAGUAUCUGCGUGAAUUGAACCUGAUUAUAAAAGUCUUUAGAGAGCCUUUUGCAUCCAACAGCAAGCUGUUUACUGCUCGUGACAUUGAUGUGAUCUUCAGUAACAUCUUGGAUAUUCAUGAACUGACUGUGAAGCUGUUGGGUUUAAUGGAAGAUACUGUUGAGAUGACAGAUGAAAGCAGCCCUCACCCAUUAGUUGGAAGCUGCUUUGAAGAUCUGGCAGAGGAGCAAGUAUUUGACCCAUAUGAAGUGUGUGCACAAGAUAUUCUUUCACCACAGUUUCAUGAGUACUUCAAUAAUUUGAUGUCCAGGUCACCUGUAGCCUUUUACUUUCAGUCUAUUGCUGAAGGAUUUAAAGAAGCUGUUCAAUAUGUACUUCCGCAACUACUUUUAGUCCCAAUUUAUCAUUGUUUGCAUUACUUCGAGCUGUUGCAGCAACUACAAGAGAAAAGUAAAGAUGGAGAAGACAGGGAGUGUUUGAAACAAGCCAUUACUACCUUGCUGAAUCUCCAAUGCAGUAUGGAACGUAUUUGCAAUAAACACCUACCUAAACGCAGGGCAGGAGAACCUUUACCUCGCCUCUACAACCAUCAGAUAAGAAGUAAACAUCUUGCUAUCAAGAAAAUGAAUGAAAUUCAGAAAAACAUUGAUGGAUGGGAGGGGAAGGAUAUUGGACAGUGCUGCAAUGAAUUUAUAAUGGAAGGAACACUAACACGAAUUGGGGCAAAGCAUGAGCGACACAUUUUCCUUUUUGACGGCUUAAUGAUCAGUUGCAGGAUUAAUCAUGGGCAGUCCAGGUUACCUGGCUGUAGCAAUGUUGAGUACAGACUCAAGGAAAAAUUUCUAAUGCGAAAAGUGCAAAUCAUUGACAAAGAUGACUCUUAUGAAUACAAGCAUGCAUUUGAAAUUCUUUCUAAGGAUGAGAACAGUAUAAUAUUUGCUGCCAAAUCUGCUGAAGACAAAAACAAUUGGAUGGCAGCUUUGAUUUCACUUCAGUAUCGGAGUACCCUGGAACGUAUGUUGGACACGGUUCUUCUAUGUGAGGAGAAGGAGCAGCCACUCAGACUGCCAAGUCCAGAUGUUUAUAACUUUGCAGAAGAAGAUUCUGAAGAGAACAUAGUGUUUGAAGAAAAUGUCCAAACUAAAUCUGGAAUACCAAUCAUAAAGGGAGGAACUGUGUUAAAAUUAAUUGAGAGGCUGACAUACCACAUGUAUGCAGAUCCUAAUUUUGUGCGCACUUUUCUGACGACAUAUCGUUCAUUCUGCAAACCCCAGGAGUUACUGAGCUUGUUAAUAGAAAGGUUUGAAAUACCUGAUCCAGAGCCUACUGAGGCAGAUAGACUUGCCAGGGAAAAGGGUGAACAGCCAGUCAGCGCAGAGUUGAAACGGUUUCGAAAGGAGUACAUCCAGCCAGUGCAACUCAGGGUGCUAAAUGUUUUUCGGCAUUGGGUAGAACAUCAUUUCUAUGACUUUGAGAGAGACAACAUGCUUCUUAAUAGGUUGGAAGCAUUUAUUUCAAGUGUGCGAGGAAAAGCCAUGAAGAAGUGGGUAGAAUCAAUUACGAAAAUUAUUAAUCGCAAGAGACAAACUCAAGUAAAUGGAAUCAGCCAUGCUAUCACUUUUGAGAACCCACCACCUCAAAUUGAAUGGCAUAUUAGUCGACCUGGACAGAUUGAGACAUUUGAUCUCAUGACCCUUCAUCCAAUUGAAAUAGCGCGGCAGCUUACACUUUUAGAAUCUGACCUUUACAGGGCUGUUCAGCCAUCUGAACUUGUAGGAAGUGUUUGGACGAAAGAAAACAAAGAGGUGAAUUCUCCUAAUUUACUGAAAAUGAUUCGUCACACAACAAAUCUUACACUGUGGUUUGAAAAGUGUAUAGUGGAGGCAGAAAAUUUUGAGGAAAGAGUGGCUGUUUUAAGUAGAGUUAUAGAGAUCCUGCAAGUAUUCCAAGAGCUCAACAAUUUUAAUGGUGUGCUGGAGAUUGUUAGUACAGUUAACUCUGUGCCAGUUUAUCGGCUGGAUCAUACUUUUGAGGCAUUACCUGAAAGAAAGAAAAAGGUUUUGGAAGAAGCAGUGGACCUAAGUCAAGAUCAUUUCAAAAAGUACCUAACCAAGCUUAAGUCAAUAAACCCACCUUGUGUGCCUUUCUUUGGUAUUUAUUUGACAAACAUUCUGAAGACAGAAGUAGGGAACCCGGAUUUCCUCAAAAGAUGUGGGAAAGAAUUAAUAAAUUUUAGCAAACGAAGGAAAGUGGCAGAAAUCACAGGAGAAAUCCAACAGUAUCAAAAUCAGCCCUACUGCCUACAAGUGGAAAUGGAUAUAAAGAAAUUUUUUGAAAAUCUGAAUCCAAUGGGAAAUAUGAAUGAAAAGGAGUUUACAGACUAUUUGUUCAACAAAUCUUUGGAAAUUGAACCACGUAACUGCAAACAACCACCACGAUUUCCAAGAAAAUCUUCAUAUUCCUUAAAAUCUCCAGGAAUAAGACCUAAUACUACAAGACAUACCUCUACCUCUGGAACCUUAAGAAAUCCUAUGCCAUUAGAACGUGAGCCACGCAAGAUUAGUUUUAGUAGAAUUCCUGAAACUGAUAAUGAAUCAACAAUAUCUGUUCCAAACUCUCCAAAUACACCAUCAACCCCACCUGUGUCUGCUUCUUCUGAUCUCAGUGUCUUUGGUGAUGUGGAAUUGCCCAGCUCUGGCAGUAGCAACAGUAUCUUUGCACCUGUCCUGUUACCGCCAUCGAAAUCUCACUCCAUUUCAAGUCUUCAUAGGCCAAGUGAAGAUUUACCUGCACCACCUCCUGUUCCUCAACGAAGGAAACCUGAUUUAGAUGUGGUAAAUUUUAAGCUAGGUUCACAUAUUCCAGAUAGCCCUCCUGCUAUUCCACCACGGCUGCCUCGGAUUCCUGUAUUAUGUGGACCCUCUGAUGGGUCACUGCACAGUCCGCCUCCACCUCCUCCAAGGGAUCCACUGCCUGAUACACCCCCACCCAUACCAACAAGACCUCCUGAGAUCUUUAUGAAUGAUCCAUUUAAUCUUCAGCCACCACCAAAGGGCCGCCUUCAUCGGGAUCAAGAUUGGUACAGAGAAUCUAGCUCUAACCUCAAUUCCCCCAGUACUCCUCCUCCAACACCCUCUCCCAGGGUUAUGCGACGUUGUUCUAACCACAGCAACCCUACUUAUCCUUCUGCUCCACCUGUACCUCCCAGACAGAACUCUAGUCCACAGCUACCAAAACUUCCACCAAAGACUUACAAACGAGAGUUAUCACAUCCUCCUUUGCACAGAGGUGGACUGCCAUUGCUGGAAAAUGCAGAAGUUCCUCACUGACACUAAAUUUCCUUGCCAGCACUGUGGGAAAUUGGGCAACUGUAUUAAGGCACUGAGGCAAGAAAAUGUUUUGCUGUUUUUAAGCUUUUUUUUGUCUUCUAAUUGUUAGUAGCCGUACACUCAAGGAGACUGUAAUUAAGAACCUGAUAUUGGAGCAAAACUGAAUCAUCUUGUUUCUUUCAGACCACAGCACAGAUUACUGUUGUGAUCUUCUCUCAGGUGAUCAGUAAUAUUUUCUUUCCUCAGACUUGCAGUGCCAAUGUUAUUACCUUGAAGUGUAACAAAAGUUUGCAUUUGCACUGUACAAUUGAAUUAAAUUAUUUGAACUAAUCAUUGCACUGAGCCAACGAGAUAAAUCCUUGAGACUUAUUUGAGCUCUAGUGGCCUUGUUAAGUGAUGGAAUUUUACAGACAUCAGGAAGGUUAUAAUGCUGAUCAUUUGUGACCUAUUUAGUUAUUAGCAUGAGCUAUACAGGUAUUUUACCAAUGCAGUGAAUAUUUGGUGCAGAUUACUGAUAGAGUUUAUAAAACGUGGCAUCUCCUUCAAAUUGAUUUUGUAUCUUGUGUUCUAUUGGUUGGCUGCUCCAAAUAUUAGAGAAGAAAAUAUAACACUAAUUUGGAAUUUUUGAAUGGGAAAAGCUGUCUAACCUCCACUAGAAUGUAGGAUACUGUAGCCAGUUUGUGGAAAAAUAAGCAGUAAUAACUAAAGAUAAUAAGAAUUCCUUUCACUAAUUAUUGUAAGCAUACAUGUUUUUUCAGAUGUGCCUUUUGAUUUCAUUUGCAGAUGAGUAACUUCAAUUAUCGUCAUCUAAGCACUCAAAAGUGAGAACAAAAAUAAGAUAGGUGAAUGUACGGUUUUGUUUUCACGUUAUACAUACAGAUAAUGACAGCUAUUUUGUUUAGACUGAAGUGAAUUAUGUGAACAGUCUACUACCUGUAUGUAAAGUUAGAAUCUUAACUGCUGUGGAUCAACGACAAAAAAAAUCCUUCUGAUGCAAAUCUCAGUGCUAAACUGGCUCUGCUGUAGCAUUUUGUUAAACCUUCUUCUAUGGAUUUCUUUCAGUAUUGUAUUUCAACCAGCAUACACUUCAAAGCUUUACUAAGAAAAAAAAAUUAAAUAUAAUAGCUAUGACUUAAAUUUGCCUACUUGCCAUUAUAACAGGUGGUUUAUGAAAAGGUGAAGGAAUUUGUUGUUUACCAGUCGUGUUGUAGCUGCUUUAUUGAAGUGGCAGUUAUGAUGGUCUUUUCAUGUAAUGUUAUGUGGCCUUUCAACUGUACUUUGUAUUUGUGUCCUUAAUAAGAUCAAUAAAUUACGCAGUCUUAAUUUUUACUUAAAC